AUGGAAGGAUAUCUUAAGAAGUGGAUUAAUAUAGUAUCUAGAUGGUAGGAUAGAUACUUCAUUUUGAAUGAUCAUAUUCUCCAUUAUUGUGAACAUCAAGGAGGGUAAUCUAAAGGUUAAAUCCAUUUAAAAGUGGCUGCAAUCAUACUAGUCCCUGAAGAUCCUCUGAAAAUCAUCAUAAACACAGGGACAAAUCAAAUAUAAGUGAAAGCUUCAAGUGUACCUGAAAAAAUAGAAUGGGUGAAUGCUUUAAAAAGAGCCUAAGAAAGUUGUUAAGAAACCAUACCUAGAGAUUGUAUUAAAGAAGUAAAUGAUAUUCUAACAGAUAUUUGGGUUACCCAAGCAGCAUGUAUAAUUAUUCUUUCUAUUAUAAGUUGAUGAAACAUUAAAUGUACUUGUACCUAAAUUAGAAAGACAACCAAAAUAUGUAGAAUUAGCUGAAAAAUUAAGUGAGUUAGGAUAAAAGAUUAAGAUGAAUGUCACCAUUUGUACAUAAUUGUUAGAAGUGGAAAAAGAGAAGUUAGAAUGUUAAUAGUCUGGUAUUUUUGAAAUAAUAUUUUAAGGAGAUAAUUAAACUUUGUUUUAAUCAUUUAGGAAUAUCACAAGCAGAAUUGAUGAUUUCAAUCGAUAAAGCUCAACCAUUAGUUCAAGUAGUUCUUUAUCAAUUUAAGAUAUUUUAGAGUCACUUAAAUAUGAGUAACCAAUAAAAUAUGUAAUUAUAUUUAUUGAAAUUAGAAAAAUCUCAUCAACAAUCCUGUUUUCUAAAAAAUUUAAUUCACAAAUUAACAAUUUAGAACUGCAUUACCUAGAACUUAAGAUCCAAAUGAAAAGUUGAAAGUUUGGAGUUUUAUUAAAGAUAUGAUAGGUAAGGAUCUUUCUAAAUUUGCUGUUCCUGUAUAUUUUAAUGAACCUUUGUCUAUGUUAUAAAGAUUAGCUGAGAAUUUAGAAUACUAUUAAACAUUAAUUGAAGCUAAUUAAGAAUAAGAUUAAUGGCUUAGAAUGUGUUAUGUAAUGGGAUUUGGAGUUAGUGCUUAUUCAAGUAAUAUAGAUAGACAUAAGAAACCAUUUAAUCCUAUUUUAGGUGAGACAUUUGAAAUUUAAAAUAAAUAAUUUAGAUUUAUUAGUGAAUAAGUCUCUCAUCAUCCUCCUAUUUCUGCUGGUUAUGCAGAAUCUAAUGAUUUUGAAAUGUAAAUGUAAACUGAUAUAAAAACUAAAAUGUCUCCUAGAUCUAUGGAAGUGUAACCAAUAGGAAAUGUUUAUAUUAAACUAAAAUAAUUUAAUGAUCAGAUAUCCUACAAUAAAUGCACUACAAAAGUUCAUAAUAUCAUAUUUGGAAAUAUGUAUAUUGAACAUAUUGGUGAUAUGAUUUUUAAUAAUUAUGCUACUAAUGAUAAAGGAGUUCUAACUCUAUCUGAAAAUCAUAAAAUGGUUGGAACUGUUUAUGAUAAUAAUGGUUAAGAAAAGUAUAAGUUGAAAGGUUUAUGGAAUGAUUCAUUGAUUGCUCGUAAUGUUUAAACAGGAAAAGAAACUGUAGUUUGGAAAAGGUAUGAUUUACCUUAAGAUUAUAAAAAUUACUUCUUUUUUACUAAGUUUGCUCUUAAUUUAAAUCUACUUAAUAUAGAUUUAAUUAAAUAGCUCCCUUGUACAGAUUGUAGAUUAAGACCAGAUUAAUUAGCUUUAGAGUAUGGCUUCAUUGAUUUAGCUGCUGAUGAAAAACAUCGUCUUGAAUAAAAAUAAAGAUAAAGAAGAAAGGAAAUGCAAAUAGCAGGUCAAAAACAUUCACCUUAAUUUUUUGAAAUGAUUAAAGAACCAUGCACAAAUGAUAUGAUUUAUAAAUACAAGGGGAAUUAUUGGAGAAGAAAGGGAGAAGGAUUAGAUUUAUUUUGA